GGGCACCGCCACGUCAACAAACCAUAAACACCUUCACAUCACCACAUACAAGCUGGCUUCCUCAAUUAGAACAGUUUUUUUUAUAUCUGCCAUAUUUACCCUUUUUGCUGGCACCUUGUUAUCGAUUUUUGGGAACUAUUUUCCAGAGCCUUUCAUAAGAGGUGAAUACUCAUCUACACCAAUCAAGAUGAGCGGCAACUACAGAUCCAUUGCAUACUUUGCAAACUGGGCUAUUUAUGGCAGAAAUCACAAUCCCCAGGACCUUCCAGCAGACAAGCUCACACACGUAUUGUACGCCUUCGCCAAUGUUCGGCCGGAGAGCGGGGAAGUCUUUUUGACCGACCCAUGGUCUGAUACAGACAAACACUAUGAGAAGGACUCCUGGAACGAUGUUGGGACUAACAUUUACGGCUGUUUCAAGCAACUCAACCUUCUCAAGAGGAAGAAUCGCCAUCUUAAGAUUCUCCUCUCCAUCGGCGGCUGGACCUAUUCUUCCAACUUUGCUGCACCUGCAUCUACUCCUGAGGGGCGCCAGAAGUUUGCCACUAGCUGCGUGGAUAUUCUCAAAACCGUCGGCCUCGACGGGAUAGAUAUUGAUUGGGAGUACCCUAAGUCCCCCGAGGAAGGACAACACUACGUGCUCCUACUUGAAGCUGUCCGUUCUGCCCUUGACGCUUAUGGCGCUUCCCUCUCCACGCCAUUCCACUUCGAACUCACUGUCGCCAGUCCCGCUGGAGAGCAGAACCUCAAUAACAUGGAUCUCCCGGGCAUGGAUCGCUAUCUGGAUUUCUGGAACUUGAUGGCUUAUGACUUCGCUGGCUCGUGGGAUACGAAUGCAGGCCACCAGGCCAAUGUAUUCCCAUCCCAGAGCAACCCCGCCAGUACCCCGUUCAGUUCUCAAAAAGCCAUAGACUACUACACUUCCCAUGGAGUGAGGUCGGACAAGAUCGUCUUGGGCAUGCCGCUUUAUGGCCGCGCUUUUGAAAAUACCGAUGGACUCGGAAAGCCGUAUAGUGGCGUCGGGCAGGGGACUUGGGAGAAUGGGGUGCAUGAUUUCAAGAAGCUGCCGCUGGAGGGUGCGGUCGAGAAGUUGGAUGAGGAGACCGAGGGCAGCUAUUGCUACCAUGAAGAGAAGAGGAUUUUGGUUACCUAUGAUACGGUGGAGGCGGCAAGGAGGAAGACGGCUUGGAUAAAGAAGGUGGGGUUGGGCGGUGCGAUGUGGUGGGAGAGCAGCGGGGAUGGUGAGGGCGACAAGAGCAUUAUCAAGGCCGUUGCGGGGGACCUUGGGACGUUGGAUCAGAAGGAGAACUGCUUGGAAUUCCCAGAGACGAAGUACGAGAACUUGAAAAACGGAUUCCCAGGCGAGGAGGUUUGAAAGGGUCAGGAUAGAGCCCAGUGGCAAAUGGGCCAUAUGAUGAGCGGAUAUUCUGGACAUUACGGGUGAACUAGAUCAAUCGAAGUCACAGAGUAAAAUCAUGAACAAAUUAGGGUUGGUAGCAA